AUGACAAUGUCGGCCUCCCCACCCAUCAAGGAGACGAUCCUCCCUCCCCCCUCUCCCCUCUCUUACCAAUCACAUCGAUCUCAACUAUCCCCCCACCUCCUCACGCCCGACUCCGACGCCUUCAGCCGAACUCCUACGCCCGGUCUCGACGCGCUAUGCUUCGCCAAACAGCCCAUUCCCCUUCGGCGACCUCAGGCAGCGUCACUAUACUACCCGUCAACAGAGAGCGAGAUGAGCGAUGGCCACAUCUCGGAGGUACCAAUGCAUGGCGGCGGCGGAUCGGGAUCUCGCCCACAUUCGCCUAAAGCGCAACAUCUCAGCUUAUUGUCGGCUAUCCUCUCAUCGCCCGACAACGGGUCGAAACCUUCUCUCCACCGUGCAGAGUUCAAGCGCGCACCGAGCGGACCCAACGGGAUGAUUUCCGGCUCUUCCAACCCGUCCACGACCAUGUCAUCGCCAGCGGCAAGGGAGCCGCAUGGGAUAUUGCAGAACGCGCAGGCACAGGCGGCAGCAGUGGCUAAGGCGGAUGCACCGCCGUCUUCUAUCCUGAGGAGGGAGUCUCUGGGGCCGGUGGAGGAGGCGAAUGUGCAGGCUGCUGCGGGGAGCGGUGUGGGAUUGGGUCUAGGAUUCGGGGCGGGCGGACCAGCAGGUGGGCAAGAAGGGUACAAUGGGCUAGAUGGGUUGGCGGGGAGAUUGGAGAAGGUCGAAGAGAGGAGGGAGAGGAUCGGAUGGGCAGACAAGGUGGAGAAGCAAAGUCCUGUCUCGACAAAUCUCGCUCGUGUCCCCUCUACGGGAUCAUCCAUCGGUCCUCGCCCCAGAUUACAAUUCGCUGUCGCCCAUCCUCCUUCACAUGGCUCCACCUCGGCAUCGGAGGCAGGAGAUAUCGUCGGUCGGCGCCACUCCACCACCACCAACACUAGCCAUCGGCCUACCAGCCCUUUCGCCAAAGAGCGCAAGGUCCAAGAAAGCCUGGACGAGCUCAACAGCGAUGAGGACGAGGAGGAAGAGGAGGGAUCGGAUGACGAUACGCCCUUAGAAGAGGUGCCUCGGCUGUAUGGCUACAACUCGCGCUCUACAUCCAGCUCUGGUCGGAGGAGCGAGGAGCUGCAGUCGCCCAUCGCGGAGGAGGAGGAUGACGAUCUCGGAUACCAGGAAGACGAGGAGGACGGGAUGUUUUCGGACGAGGAGGAGACGGCGGCAUUCGAUCUUCCUGGGGAUAUGUCGAAGCGUAAAUUUGCGUUUGCGCGGCCGACCAACUAUUUCCGCGGCCGACGACCGAGUCGGGACGACAUGUCACCCGGAACGACACCGCCUCCUGCGCCGUCCUUCUUUCCGCCACCGAAUCGGCGCGGAAGGGGGCACGUACGCGUCGCAGACCCUGCUCCGACAUUAUCGGUGGACAAGGCGGAGAAGAAGGGAUGCUCGAGACAUUGCUCGCCCCCGCCUAGCAGCCGGUCGAGGAGCGGGAGCAAGGUCGAGCCUGCUCCGCCGGCGAUCGCCAGUCCCAGCGCGCGGUUCAUGAGGCGCCCGGAGAAGCUCGCGGUCGCGGGUCCAAGCAAGCAGCGGAUCGUGGGGAGCCCGAUGCCGCCCAGGGUGUUUGUCACGUCUGACGAGGAUGAGGAUGAUGAGGAUGAGAACGAGGAAGAAGAGGACGAGGUGGAAGCCGAGGACGGAGAGGAGGAUGGGGAGAGAGAUACCCCACCGGUCGUCCGGGGCGGAUGGCGGAGCGACGAUGCUGUCUUUUACGGUCCUGGCGCUCGGGUAGCAUCUCGAGCUAUUCGGCCAUACGAUCCGCACGUACUUCACACUUCGGCGCCAAUACAUCAGCCCGCGGUAUUCGAGGAUGAAUCAGCCGAUGAUCAGUCCUUCUCGGCCUCGAUGGCUCGGGAGGCGUCCAUGGAUGCCGUUGAGGGCGGUGGGGUCCGGCAGUGGAUACGCCGUGCCAGCGAGCAGAUCCCCAUGUUCCGCCGGCCAUCCAAUGCAAUGUCGGAAAAUCGGCCAGACGGGGCCGGGCGGGAGAGCCCGAGCGCAAGCGGUCGGUCACGGGACGUAUCGUACACGGCGCCCAUACCGUGUCAGGCGACCCUGCAGCCGGCGCUCGACAACACACCGGUGGUCGGCGCGAGCUUCUCGAAGCAUGGCGAGCUGGGUUUGGGUCUCGCUUCGCGCCUGGAACAAACGCUAUCGGCGGGAUUGGUUACUCCCACAUCCAGCAACACGUCGCCUGCCCCGGCCAUGUCGCGCGACCCGACCGCUUCAUCUACUGCCAGCUCGGCUGUCCAUUCGGGACAACCCUCCACGCCUUCCUCCCGGCCCGUAUCGGCUGGUCAAAGCGCCGAGCCUCUCAAUCGGGCCGUCUCGAUGUCCAACCGAGUCACCUUCCGACCCGCGGAGAAACCCGUACGGGUCGCUGCCCCUCAACGAGCGGUCAGCUCCGCUCCACACCACCUACCCAACAAGGAGCGGUGCAUAUCGGCGGGCGGGAUAUCGGGGGGAACGGUUCAGGCUAUCAAGUGCCCAAAGCGGGCCACAGGGGCCGGGGAGGAUCUGGGAUGGAGUGAUGAGGCGUUAAUGAGUAUCAGGCGGAAGGCCGGGAAGGGCGAGUAG